AGCUAGUGUUCCUCAGCAUUAAUCAAAUUAAAUUUCUUUUAAAUCCAAGUCCUUUUAACUUCAAGAUGGCUCCGUCCAUGAGCUUCUUCAUUUUCAUUACUCUGCUUUCUUUUGCACCAAUUUGUUUCUCUUUUAAGAGUAACAAUGAUAACCUAUACCCGCAAUACUACUAUAAGUCAUGCCCACAAGCGCAACAAAUUGUCAAGUCUGUAGUUGCCAAGGCUGUUGCCAAAGAAGCCCGAAUGGCUGCUUCUCUGUUGAGGCUCCAUUUCCACGACUGUUUUGUCAAGGGAUGUGAUGCAUCUUUGCUUCUGGAUAGUAGCAGAGGUAUUGUGACAGAAAAAGGAUCAAACCCCAACAAGAAUUCAGCUCGUGGAUUCGAAGUCCUUGACGAGAUUAAAUCUGCACUGGAGAAGGAAUGUCCUCAAACUGUUUCUUGCGCUGAUAUCUUGGCACUUGCUGCUAGGGAUUCUACUGUAUUGGCUGGAGGACCGAGCUGGGAGGUUCCAUUGGGCAGGAGAGACUCUAGAAGCGCCAGUUUAAGUGGCUCCAACAACAACAUUCCUGCUCCAAACAACACAUUUGAUUCCAUUCUCUCAAAGUUCAAGAGACAAGGACUUGAUCUUGUUGACCUUGUAGCUUUGUCUGGGAGUCACACCAUUGGAAAUUCAAGAUGUACCAGCUUUAGACAAAGGCUCUACAACCAGUCAGGAAAUAAUAAACCAGACUCAACUCUGGAUCAAUCAUAUGCUACCCAAUUGCGCAAUAGGUGUCCAAAAUCUGGUGGUGACCAGAACUUAUUCUUCUUGGACUUUGUUUCCCCCACAAAAUUUGACAACAGCUACUUCAAGCUCUUGUUGGCUUCAAAGGGCCUGCUGAACUCUGACCAAGUUCUUACUACUAAAAGUCAAGCAUCAUUAGCCUUGGUGAAGCAAUAUGCAGAAGACAAUGCACUUUUUUUCGACCACUUCGCCAAGUCUAUGGUGAAGAUGGGGAACAUAUCUCCUUUGACAGGUUCCAGUGGGGAAAUCAGGAAGACUUGCAGGAAGAUCAACUCAUCUUAAAAGAGCACAACUUGUUAUCUUGGAGAGAACAUUACCUCAAUGAUUGUGCCUGUAUUAUGAAUUCGUUAUGUAUUUUAUACUUUUGUUCUUUUUCCAACAAUCUUCUAGCUCUUUUUUUGGUCUUUGAGGAUUUCACUGCUGGUGUCCAUUCUUAGACCACCUUUCGAGUUGUUUUACUGUAUUUUUGUGUAAUAAACAUGAAUCCCUGGGUUCAUAGACAUCGUCUUAAA